AUGGCAUCCGAAGACAUGUUCGAUAUGUAUAGUGCACCCGAAGCUCCUACGAGCAGGCGGCAUCACGGGGAAUGCAGCAAAGCCCCUCCGGCCAAGAAAACCCGCACUGCGGACCCUUCAAUAGACGGACCUUCAACAAAUGCAGCACCACCUCAUUCUCCUCUCGAGCAACAGAAUCCUCCUGUACCAGUCGGGCCGACCCCUUCCCCACCGGCUCCUGCUGACCAGACUCAGCCAGCUGCCCCUGCUCCAACAGGGGGCGACAUAUCGAGCCGUGCCCUAAGAUCGGCCAAGGACAGGAUGGCAAAGAUCUUGAGGCCCGAGCAUUGCCGAGAAGCCAUGGCUGGGACAGACGAUGGACGUCGACCAGAUAUUAACCCGUGCACUAAACGAGCUCGCAAGUCCAAUGCUGACUGUUACUGCCGGCCGGCUCCGCUCGGGAGUUAUCACCGAGAAAUCCAAGGCGUCCGAGCAACGAAGACAAACGCAACAUUGCUCGAUGAGAAAAAUAAGCUGGCUGAGGAGCUGAGGAAGAAGCAGACUGCCCUGGACAAAGCCGUCGAAUCAAGGGACCAGUAUAAGGAGUCUAACCUUAUCAAUUACUGCGAGUCCAAAAAGCUUGAGGCAGACUUGAUUGCGAGCAGGCAAGAGGCCGACAAGUUGGAGGCUCGGGCCGACGAACUUGAGAAAGCCAAUGCCAGCAAUCUUGAGAGGUACAAGGGCACCACGACUAAGUGUUUCUAUGAAUUUUUGAAACACAAUCAAGGAGCCGGCUUCAGCUAUCUUCCCAAGCGCAUGAGGCACACUGAGAUAGCCCGAUGCGUUGCACGUUUUGCGGAAGAAGAAAAAGUGAAGAUCCCAGCCUUGCCCGAAAUCUCCUUGGCCACCGGUGUUGAAGGUGUGGACGAUGAAGCUGCUGAUGCAGUCAACCAAGAAAAUCCACAAGACCCUCCUGCCUUAUAA